AUGGCUUCAUCUAAUGAUGAUGUUCCAAUCAAACUCGAACGCUCUCCCAAUGCCUCCUCGACUUCGCCUCAAUCACCUGGAUUGAAACGGAGAGCUUCUUCAGAACAGCUGGAUUCACCAGAAAAGAGACAGAGAAUUGAAUAUGAAGCGGCACAACCUACUCUACCCGAUUCUACGGAUGCAAAUGCAGCUUUUGAACAUACGAAUGACGUAGAUGAUUCUUUGGGAGAUCUCGACAUCGAUGCUAUUAUUGCCUCUGGCGUGGCUCACGUUUCUGCCGAGUAUCAAGAUGCAGGAAGCAUGGGAAUGAAUGAUCAUACCUCUCAUCAAGAUCAAUUACAUGAGAGAAAUAUCGCCAUUCAAUCUCCUCAUUCCCACAGUCAAUCACCGAACAACCGGGCCGCUUUUGAACGGCUCCGUACCGAUCAUCAAUUAUCUUUGCAGGUGUUAAGUCUAUUGUCCUUGGAAAGUUUGUCCGUGCAAAUGUUAAAUAUUCUUUCCGAAGGAGGAUACGACGAUGUAGUCGUCAUGGUAACACAAAGAGACACUCCUCGUGGCCAGUCAUUCCAAACCCUGAAGGACCUAUUCGAUAGAACCAAAAAGAUUUACGGCACUUCAACCUUCCUCUCCGCCGACCAACUCAAUUUUAGAGACCCUGCGCAACGAGAGAUUAUCAGACUUGCAAACCAUGCGACUUUUGUAACGAGUGUAUUUGGCGGACAAGAGGUUGGAUUUUAUGAACUCAACGAACAUUUUGUCGACAUCUGGACAAGGGAAGGAGAGCCCAUAUCAAAAGCAUCGGGUCAAUUGCUUAUGAACUUGAAGACGCAAAUCAUCGUCGCCGCGCUAUCAAUGGAAGAGUCAGAUAGACCUGUCCCAGAGCUCAUAGCAGAGAUGUUUAGUUCAGAAAUCCGCAAUUUUCUUGCUCAGAGACAUCCCUAUCCUCUCACAGACGAUGAGCGACAAUUACUUCUUGACUUGGAAAUCCGACGAGUAUACUUAAUCAACCAAGGGAAUGAUCCUGCCAAAAUAAACGAACUCUGUAAUCUUUUCAACUGGGAGUCUUUUCUAAGAUCCACACACAUUCAUAUGGACGCAUACAGGCCAUUAGUUGAACCUUAUAUGAAUAAGUAUUCUCUAACAAUCCCAACCUCGACCGGGUAUUCGCAAGGCGCAAAUGGUGGUACCCUGAAUGGAAAUGCUUUUGCGUACACCGGUACCAAUGUAGAAGCUGAGCAUGCAGCUCAAAAAAGCUCCGAAGAGGCAGAUGUAUAUCAGCAAUCGAGUAUCCCGCAGAAUGGAUAUCGCCAAGCUCAAUACCAAAAUACCUAUCAACCGCCGAGCCAAUCGCCAAACACUUACCCAACUCAGUAUAGUACUAGUAAUACACCUACAACUACACCACACCAUUCUCAAUCAGAGUCGACAUCUGCUCUUUACGAAAAAGCUAGACAAGCUGCUGCGGCAAAGAAUAAUCCAGGGCAAAAAGCCCGACCUGGAUUACCAUCUCAACGUCGUCCAUGGAGUACAGAAGAGGAAAAUGCAUUAAUGGCUGGUCUCGAUUCGGUCAAAGGUCCACACUGGAGUCAGAUUCUUGCUCUCUAUGGCGACAAGGGUUCGGUCAGCACUAUUUUGCGUGAUAGGAACCAAGUUCAGCUCAAAGACAAAGCGCGGAACCUCAAACUAUUCUUCCUCAAGAGCAAUAUCGAGGUUCCAUACUAUCUUCAAUGCGUAACUGGUGAACUAAAGACAAGAGCACCAACUCAAGCGGCGAGGAAAGAGGCGGAAGAAAGAGCAAGAUUGGCAGGAAAUGAAGAGAGCGCAAGAUUUCAUGGUGUCUUGGCACUGGCCUCGGGUAUUCAGAACUCAAAUCAGGAAAACGGAAGCGGAAGCCCUUAUCAACAAACUCCAGAACCUGUCGAAGAUUAUAAAAGUGGGAGUAAUAGUCCGGAACUUUUGCAUGUUGAGGAACCGGGACAAGAGGAAUCGCAACAGGUGGACACUCACCAACAGAGCUUGGAAAUGCAGGAAAUGAGCGCGGAUGAGAGAUUGAGGCAACAGUUAUUGGCUGCUACCAAAAGUCCUUAA